AUGGCGCCCGCGCAGUGCGCCGCGCACAUCGGCUCGGGGGUGUGGGUCAGGCGCGGCCCCACAGGCGGCGUGCUGGCGCGCGCCAGCCCGACGGGCGGCUCGCCGGCGGAGUGGCUGCCGGCAACCGUCGUUUCCGUCGAUACAGCCGGUGUGCUUGUGCGCACGGAGGACGGCGAUGAGGCGAACCUAUCGCCCGCUGAUGUGGAGCUUAGAGGAAACGACGACAGCGUGCAGGAUCUCGUGCGCCUGGGCCACAUGAACGAGCCGUCCGUCCUCGCAGCCCUCGCGCGCCGCUACGCCGCCGGCCAGAUCUACACCCGCACCGGCCCCGGCAUCAUCAUCGCCGUCAACCCGUUCGGCCCGAUGCCGCAGCUGUACGACGCCGCCACCAUGGACCGGUACCGCCUGGAGGGCUCCGACGCGGAGGAGGGCGGCCCCGCGGCGGCGCAGCGCGCGCCGCACAUCUUCGCGGUCGCGAGCCGCGCGUACUGGCAGAUGGUCCAGGAGGGCAGGGGCCAGGCGCUGCUGGUGACGGGUGAGUCUGGUGCGGGCAAGACCGAGACCAGCAAGAUCCUCAUGAAGUAUUUGGCCUACCUGGGGGGCUACAAGGGCGCGGCCGACGCGGAGCCGGACGACUCUGCGGGGCCCAGCGUCGAGCAGCGCGUGCUGGAGAGCAACCCGCUGCUGGAGGCGUUUGGCAACGCCAAGACAGUGCGCAACGACAACAGCUCCCGGUUUGGCAAGUACAUUGAGCUGCACUUCAGCGGGGCGGGGUCGAUCAGCGGCGCACGGGUGCACACGUACCUGCUCGAGCGGUCGCGGCUGGUGGCGCCCAGCAAGGGGGAGCGCAACUACCACAUAUUCUACCAGCUUCUGGCCGGCGCGACCCCCGAGGAGCGCGCCCGCUGGCGCCUCGGCGCCGACGCCGCGGCGCACCGCCUCACGUCCGCCGGCGGCUGCCUGUCGCUGCCCGGCGUCGACGACGCGGCGCACUUCCUCGUCACGCGCCACGCGCUGCGGUCGAUUGGCCUCGGGGCGGCCGAGCAGGAGCAGCUCUUCUCGAUAUUGUCGGCGCUGCUGCACUUGGGGGAUGCCGUCUUUGAGCCCUGCUACAACGGCACCGACGGCUGCACGCUCAGCAAGGCGUCCCGCGGCAGCCUGGGGGCCGCGGCGGCGCUGCUGGGCUGCGACGCGGCGGCGCUGGCCAAGGCGGUCACGACGCGGACGCGGGUGACGCCGGACGGGCCGAUCGUGAGCCCGCUUGGCGCCAAGGCGGCUGCGGAGACGCUGGACGCGCUCUCAAAGGUGACGCGCGGCGGGGCAUAG